AUGGCCUCCACCUGCACAGCGAUGAACCUCCAGUGUGACACAGCUUACAAUGCACGCCUCCGGGUGCUUUGCACCGUCACCGCUGCCAGCAGCGAUUGGAUGGCCUUCCCCGCCUUCAGCACAGCAUAUGCAGGCAGCUGCCAAAAGACGGCCUCGCCUCCUCAGCUGAUUCGUAACUCGAGCCGCACUGCGACGAGCAUCACCGUUGCUUUCAUUGCUGGGUCGGCAGGGGAUUGCAUCUUCCAGCGCUUCGAGCUUCAAUACCAGGAGGAAGCCGCCACUGCCUGGGAAACAGCGCCGUCGACCUGCGGAUCCCUGAGUGUACGGUCUGGGCCAAGUUGUACCAUUUCCAACCUCGCCCAGGACACAGCCUACAACUUUCGAGCGCGCGAGCUUUGUACGAACGGCGCCCCCCUGGCGUCUCCUUGGGGCCUCACGGAGGCGCCCCUGCGGACAAGCUUCGUGCCUCUUGUGGAGCCGCCCACCUACCUGGAGCCGCAAGGGCUGAUUUCGCCGGUGGAUCCGCCGACAAGGCUCGUGCUCAUCUUCGAGGUGGACCUCCAGCUCAGUAACUCUGGGGCUACGCUGAGUUUGUGUCCGACGUGGAUUCCCACUGCUACGCCUGCGGACCCCGGUGUGUGCAAUUGCGCCACUUCAGCCGAGUGCCAGGCGCAGUGCUUGACUCCCGCGACCAUGACGGUCGAAAUGGUGACGCCACGCGUGCUCUUUGCGCAGUUUGGCUCUGUCUUGCGGCCUCUAACUGGAUGCCCCUACAUUGCGCUGUUGGAGGCCGGGUACCUACAGACCCAGCUGCAACCAUCAAAUCCUGCACCAAGGAUUGAGUGGAGCUUCAUGUACUGGCCGCCCGUGCCGACGGGUACUUUGAGCCUUUACAGCAGCACCACAACCUCGCUGACAGUGCGGGUGACAUGGAGUCGGCCUAUGACGACUAUCUGUGGCGUUCAAGUUGGUUCAAGUAUCAUGCAUCAGACCGAGCCGCUGGACUUCACCGGAAGCCGCGAGUUCUUGGAGGUGCGGAUCACCGGCCUGACUCCUUUCACGCAGUACACGGCGGUCUGCACAGGAGUCGCUAUCAGCGAUGCAAUCGUCACGGCCACGGUGUCGGAAGCCGCUUUCUCCACCGAAAAGGAUACCAACGAUCAGCUUUCCGACAUCAUCCUCAACGUCCAGGCAGUCUGCACUCCUGAGAUCGAGACGGACAAUGGUACCACGAUUUCGGAGUUCAAUGAGACGGAGGCCGUUGCCACGCUUGCACCCUUGGAGGUCGCCCUCUACCCACCGUUCGAUCCUUCGGUGCGCCAUUACCAGCUUACCGUCAAUGCUGAAGAUGUGCUGACCCUUUGUGGCGAGAGCGAGGUCGAGGCUGUGUUCAGGAUCCAGGUAGCUGCCAUGGCGCAGAGUGCCUUUGCCAGCGUCGCCGUGGAGCCUUCAGUGCAGAUCAUGGCUCAGGUUCUCCCGGAUGAGACGGGGUUCUUGCCUCCGGACGUCCCACGAAGAGUCGGACCGCUACGUCCGAAGUGCCGCGUGGUGCUGAUAGGCUGCCAGGACCCGCUCAUGGCUAUCGCAGCGGCUGGAGCCAAUGGCGAGGUCGGCUUCGCUACGAAGCGGUGGAGGCUGUGGGUCUCCGCUAAGAGCGCCUUUCUUCAGGGAGAGCAAGACAUGUCGGAGCGCAGCGGGCAGCUCUUUAUGCGACCCCCUCGGGAUCCUCUGACAGCGCAGUUUCCCUGCGGUGAUUCUCACGGUGUCUCCUCCCCAGCUUGGACAGACCCCACCGGAGCGCUACUUCCUGGAUGUCGUCGUAGGUGUUCUGGAUGUUCGCCUGGAGAGCACUACGCUUCCGGAGAUUGCCGCUGCCGACGGAUCCUCCUCGGCCGACUUCGUCAUCUCCGUGCCCAGCGACGUGGAGGAUACAUCGCUGGGGCUUCGAAUCGGGCCGUACUCGCAGGUUCUCGUCUUGACUGGCUCCGAGAAUUACACGGAGAACCUGCUGCUGAGGACGCGAUACUUUUUCACGAUCGCCAACAUCGUGGGCUUGGGAAGUGA